AUGGCCCGGUCAGUCGGUUUAGGCCUACUACUAUCCAUCUCCUUCUUCCUCUUUCUUCCCUUUUUUUUCUAUAACCUCCCUGUCUCUCAUCUGUUUAAAAGUGCCUCUCCACCCGUCAUUUUUCUCCUUCCUCUCCUUCUCUCAUAUCUUCUCUCUUGCUUUCCCUUCACCCUAAAUUUCUCUCUCUUAUUCUUUCUUCCCUCUUCUUUCCCUUCCUUUUCUGACUUUCUCUUUCUUUUCUUUUUUCUAUCUUUUCUCUUCUCCUAUAAAGCUAUAUCUCUCUUCUCUCUUCUGAUUCUCUUUUUCUUCUCUCUUCUGUCUCUCUUCUCUUCUCUGCUUCUCUUCUUUCUUCUCCUUCAACAGUGCCAUUGGUUCAGGUACGUGCGGUGCAUUCGCCCCAAAGAAUCGUAUAUCAUUAUCAUAUCUUUAUUUUUGAACGGCAGCAUCAACAUUCAAAUUUUAUUCAUCCAUGAUGCGUAUUCAUUAUCCUCUCCGACCAACCCUACUGUUCGUUGCUGUGAAGGGUUUUCAACGAGCCCGACGUCGUUGCGCACCGAGCCCAUCCAUCUACUCAUUCAGAACCGUAUUUCGUAUUGA